AUGAACAAUCUGAGUUAUCUUGAACCAGAUUACUCUGAGUUUGUUGAAGUUGAUCCUACUGGAAGAUAUGGAAGAUACAAUGAAGUUCUGGGUAAAGGAGCUUCAAAGACUGUUUACAGAGCAUUUGAUGAAUAUGAAGGGAUAGAAGUAGCAUGGAACCAAGUAAAGCUCUACGAUUUCUUACAGAGCCCUGAAGAUCUCGAGAGGCUCUACUGUGAGAUUCAUCUCCUCAAGACCUUAAAACACAAGAACAUCAUGAAAUUCUACACCUCCUGGGUCGAUACCGCCAAUCGAAACAUCAAUUUUGUCACUGAAAUGUUCACUUCCGGCACCUUAAGACAGUAUAGACUGAGGCAUAAGAGAGUUAACAUAAGAGCGGUGAAACAUUGGUGUAGACAAAUCUUGAGAGGCUUACAUUACCUUCACAGCCAUGACCCUCCUGUAAUCCACAGAGACCUCAAAUGUGACAACAUUUUCGUCAAUGGCAACCAAGGAGAGGUCAAAAUCGGAGAUCUUGGCCUCGCUGCCAUCUUAAGAAAGUCCCACGCUGCUCACUGCGUCGGUACGCCUGAGUUCAUGGCUCCUGAAGUCUACGAAGAAGCUUACAACGAAUUGGUAGAUAUCUACUCGUUCGGUAUGUGCAUUCUUGAAAUGGUUACAUUUGAUUACCCCUACAGCGAGUGCACUCACCCAGCUCAGAUCUACAAGAAAGUCAUGUCCGGGAAGAAACCGGACGCAUUGUACAAGGUAAGAGACCCUGAGGUUAAGUACUUCGUGGAGAAAUGCUUAGCCACUGUCUCGCUUAGAGUCUCUGCUCGUGAGUUACUAGACGAUCCUUUCCUUCGAAUAGACGAUGGUGAGUUGGACUUCAGAUCAGUCGACAUGGAUGACUCGGUCGGGCCGCUCGUUAGGCAGCCGACGCAUAAUCUUGCUGACUACUACAAUUACAACCAGUCGAAUAGUAGCUCGUUGAACCGUCAGUACUCGAAUGGUUACAGUAGUGGUGGUGGUCAUGAGUAUCAGAACGGUUGGGCGUAUAAUCCAGGUGAGACAGAGGAGACUCACGGAAUCGAGCUCUUUGAACGUCGAAGCGAUGAUGGUCAAGAAGAAGAAGACAAGAGACCUGGUAAUGUUGAUAUAACCAUCAAAGGGAAGAGAAGAGACGAUGGUGGCUUGUUCUUGCGUCUUAGGAUCUCUGACAAAGAAGGACGUGUUCGAAACAUUUACUUCCCAUUUGACAUUGAGACAGACACGGCACUGAGUGUUGCAACGGAGAUGGUAGCGGAACUAGAUAUGGACGAUCACGGAGUUACGAAGAUAGCCAACAUGAUCGACGGAGAGAUAUCUAAACUCGUGCCUAGUUGGAGACCGGGACCUGAAUUCGAAGAAUGUCUUGCGGCGGCAGCGGCUGCGAACGCUGCGAGCUUUUGCAACAACUGUGUAUCGAACCGGACGUCGAUGGGCUCGGUGAUGGAUUUCUUGAGGACUAAUCCCGGAGCAAACGUAGCACAGUGUUGCAGGAACGGGUGUGGUGAGACUCAUGGACGGUUUGAGGAGAUUACGAUAAGAGAAACAGAGGUUCGUCUUAGAGAGAUAUGGAAGCUGCAGCAACAGCAGGAGAGCCGCGAGCUUAGCUCGAUAGAUUCGGGGCAAAACCACUCCGAGGAAGAGGAGGAGGAAGAGGAAGAGGUAUACGAAAACCCUGAAAUCACGUUUUCUUGUGAGGCAAGUAACCAUUUAACCGGUUCUGGAUCGUUCUCGUUUAUGCCGUCUAUAUACUGCGAAUCGGAGAAAACCGAGAAUCAGGUCCAGCAAGAGUUGAGAUGGCUUAAAGCAAAAUGCCAAAUUGAGCUCAGAGAGAUUCAAGAUGAGCAGGUAACAGCCCGGUGGCAGGAAUCCGGAGAAGAGGCGGAUCCGGAAGACGAAAUACCGGGUUCUUCUGUUUCCGGUUUGGUAAGAGUCGAUGGAGAAAGAUUGAAAGAGAAGGUGUUUGGAGAAAGAUUGGUACCAAAAUGUCUUAAAAGAACAACUUCACUUCCUGUCGAUGCCAUUGAAUCUUGA